UGUGUGUGUAUCUGAUUUUAAAACAUGUGUGUGGGUCGGUCUGGGCGUGUGUGUGUGUGCCUUCUAAAGUCUUCGUCUUUUUACGACACCUUUCUAGUACUAGUAUACCGUGCAACCCUGUGUGUGUAUAGGUAUGUGUGUGUGUGUUUAGGUGUACAGGACCUGAUCAGGAAGCUGCUGCAGUGGCAGCCCUCCUGCCGGCUGCCUCUCAGCCAGGUGAACACACACCCCUGGCUCCUCCCCCCCACCAACCUGCUGCACAAGCUCCGCCCCACCAAGAGUGACAUCACCAGCCGGAGCCACGAGUGCCCCGAUAGGUCCGGGGCCUCGGCCAGGCAGCACAAAGAUGACCAGGUGCUCCCAGGUAUGGUGCUGUCGCGGGGUGGAGUGAAAGGUCAUUCAUGCCACUUAGGACACGUUCCCCCGCCGUCACCCACCCGCCGCCACCCCAGCCUACGAAGCGGCCCGCCCCUCGCCCCCCCGCCCCCUGACGGUGGACGGGCGGAGCCCUCCCACCGCAAGCCCCCCCGCGUGACCGCCUGUCGUCUGCUGCUGCGCCCCCCUCAGCCCCCCUCCGUGUCCCCCACGCGCCUGUUCGUGUCCCGCCAACCUCGCCCCCCCUCCCAGCCCCGCCCCUUCCACAACCUGCCCAACUUCCGGAAGCCGGGCUCCGCCAAGGAGGUGAGGUCGAGAGGCCAGGCCGGCAAGAUGGACGACGGCUAUGCCAAGAACUGUCUCAGAACGCCCUCCACUGGCUGAACACACACACACCUACACGCACACACCUUCCUGGCUAAAGAGCCAGCCGUGGACACACUAACACACUGUGAAAACUAAAUGAAACGUUUAUUUUUAAUAAAUGUGGAUUUCUGGUCUGGAACUACAACUGUGUCUGAUGUGUUAAAGAGGUCCCACGGAGGUCAUUGACUUGGUGGUUAUGCGUUCUGUUAAACAGAAGUAGGGUUGUGUCUUCCGUCCAUCCGAAUCUCCUCCAGUCCUCCCUCUCCUCUUUACCUCUCCUCCUCUUGUUCUCUCUCCUCCAGUCCUCCCUCUCUCCUCCUG